AUGCACGCUGCUAUGUUCGGCCUGAACGCCACCAUGUGCUUCGGCGAUGCCGUGGACGCAGGCCUAGUCUGCGCCAUGGCCGACAACAUGGAGGAGCUCAUCUGGUCCCUCGUUGGGGUGCGUGUCUUCGCAGCACUCCCGGCGUUGACCAGCUUAAUCUACCGCGAACGGUGGAACAAGCUGCUCGCGCUCAGGCGGCAGCAGGAGGAGCUGUACCUCCCGCUCAUCAAUGCGCGACGCGGCCGGCGGCGUCGACCGUCCGGCGAAGCCCCAGCAUAUGUGGACACACUCAUCGACCUCCUGGUCGCAGACGAAAGCUACUCCGCCUACGGUAGGAAUGCUCCCAGUCGCAAGCAAACGCUAACGGACGGUGAGCUCGUGGGGCUCUGCUCCGAGUUUCUUGGCGCCGGCACGGAGCCCCCGACCGCGGAGCUGCAGUGGAUCAUGGCGAACUUGGUGAAGCAUCUAAACGUCCAGGAGAACGUCCGGAGAGAGAUCGAGGCUGUCGUUGGGGUGGACGCGAAGGAGGUCGGCGAGGAAGACCUUGGUAGGCUGGAGUACCUCAAUGCUGUCCUCAUGGAGGCGCUCCGUCUGCACCCCAGCGUGCCCACUGUGGUUAGGCAGGUGAUGCCUGAGGACCACGUCGUUUUGGAUGGCCAGCGCGUCACGGCGGGGACGAUCGUGCAGUUCCAGUUGGAGCGUCUGGGGCGGGACAAGACGUCGUGGGCUGACCCAGAUGAGUUUCAGCCGGAGCGGUUCCUGGCUAGCGGCGGGGGCAACGGCGUGAGCCUUGUGGCGGCUGCAGGAAGCGCCGGAGAAAUUAGGAUGAUGCCGUUUGGUGCGGGCAGGAGGAUGUGCCCUGGCAUGGGUGUCGCGAUGCUUCACCUGGGGUACUUCGUUGCAAACCUCGUGAGGGAGUUUGAGUGGACGGAGGUGGAAGGCGACAUGGCUGUCGACCUCGAGCCACAUGUCGAGUUCUUGAACUUCAUGAAACGGCCACUGCGUGCUAAGCUCACGCCACAUAAUAAGGGGGUUGGAACUUCAGGAGCCUUUUCAGACCGAUGA